CCUGAGGGGUGCUGCCCCCCCCAAGCCUGCUUACGCUGGUUCCUCCUGAGCAGGCCUGGAGCUGUCUGGUUUUAGCCUUCCCUGAGCCCAGAUCCUCCCCCCCCAACUGAAAACCUUGAUGAUGGCGUUGUGAAGGCUUCGAGAGGCAAGUUGGCACAAACGUAACCAGGAAGAUUAAGUCCCCUCCAGGCCGCAGAGUCUUUCUGGAACACCUGCCUCCCCCCCCCCAUUCCCCAUCUGCUCCGGGGACGCUCUCUGGUAUGGGUGGGGUGAAUCCGGAGGCCUUUUCACAAUGGAGAAAACGCCAUUCGGAGUUAAGUCUGGGCACUCGAGUCCAGCGGUCAAGCGUAGGCUUUUGCUUUGGGACAUCAACGCCUCAUUGUGCAAAGUGUGUCAGGCAUAAGACUUUUUUCCCACUCUCUUUCCCUGCUUGCUUGGAAAAAAAGUUUUCAAGUUUCAGACUUUGCAGGGAAUUUUGUUGGAGAGAAUGAAAAAGAGUCAGAAUUUCAGCACCAGAGCAAGGGACCUGCUCUUUGGCCUGAGUUUAAUUGUUAUUAUGAUGUGUUGAAAUUUCCUUGAAACGCUGAAGGUAUCCGUUGCAUGAAACAAGCUGGUUUAUGUGUAACUGCACAGACUUUUUCUGGACGGACCAGCAUGGAAAAUUCUGUGAAAUGUUAAAAUCUGCACGCUUUUAAUGUCAGCCCACUCAGGCGAAACCUUUGGGCUGCAAGCACCCUCUCCCUGGGCACUGAAUGAAAAUGCCUGAGUCGCCUUGACCUAGGCGCUCUUUUGAGUCAAAAUUCUGAAAUUGGAGCCUCCUUGAGCCUCUUUUUUCUCUUUUGGUGCCCUAUCGAGGGAAUGACUUUCCCCCCUGGAAUUCUACAUCAUUUGCCCGAUCAAGAACUCUGCAGAACUCAAAAGCUUGCACAAUUGGCCAGCGCUUUGCUCGAUCAACUGGUCUUCUGGAGUGAUGCCACCAGAGUCGUCUCGCCCUCUCUUCCGCCAUGUUGGCCUGCCUGCAGAGGACCCAGAACCCACCGAGGCAGCCUCUGGGUUGUCCGAAUAAGGCCCUGGAGCCACGCAAGGGUGAAGCCAUGGCUCCCAUCCGCUCUCCACGAUACCCACGAUACCCCAGCCCGGCUGAGCUCGACGCUUAUGCGCAGAAGGUGGCAAACAACCCUCUCACCAUCAAGAUCUUCCCCACCAACAUCAGGGUCCCCCAGCACAAGCACCUUAACCGGACGGUGAACGGGUAUGACACGAUGGGCCAGCGCUACAGCCCCUACCCUCUGCACGCCAGCAGCUACCAGGGCCUCCUGGCCAUCGUGAAGGCGUCCGCCGGCAAAGGGGCCAUGAAGAGCGUCGAGGGCAAGCGCACUAAGAUGUCCCCUGCCCACCUGGCUGUAGCCCCCUACUCAGUGAUGAGCACUUUAGCCCCCGGGCCGUCCUGCACAGCCCAGCUGAACUAUCCUGGUGGCCAGAAGCAGAUGGAGGCGCCUGUCCCGCCCAACGUCACGGUGGCCGCCUCGGUCGUCCCGCACGCCGGCCAGAGCUUGGUGCUGCCCCAGGCCAACCUGCCCUCCAUCCAGAACAUUAUUUUUCAGAUCAAUCAGCAGUGCCAGGCUCAGGCCGGCCAGCAGGUGUGCCAGGGGGUGGUGGUGACCAGCCCCAGCCCGGCCAAGCAUGGUGCCGCGGGCAGCUUCACCACUAUGGCUGCGGUGGGGGCAGCAGUGGCUUACGCGGGGGCUGUGUUGCCGGAUUGUCGGAAGGGCGCUGAGCUGGUGACUGGCUCCAACCUGGGCAGUGGCCUGGUGGGACCCAAGCCGGGUCUUUACCCGGACGGCAUGGAUUAUCUGCUGUGGCAGCAGAAGCAGCAGCCGCUGCGGAUGUACAGUGCGGGCAGCGGGGGGGCUGUCAGCACGUCGCCCGAGGUGUGUGCCAGGGUCUUGCGUGCCCACCCCAUGACCGGUGCCACCGCCGCAGACAAGGUGAGCUCUUCGCCGUUGAACUGCGUGGGCGUGCAGGGAAAUUUCUCGGUGGGGCAGUACUUUGCCCCUGCUUGGAACAGCAUCUUGGUCACACCCAAUAGCAGCGACUGCUACAAUCCCCAGGAGCUGCCCACCGGGGCCCGGGACCUGGGCCUGCACCCUUCGGAGGGGCUCCCCAGUCUGCCCAGCAAGGCAGUUUGCAACACCUCCGUCCUCAGCAGCAGCCUGCAGUCCCUGGAGUACCUGAUCAACGACAUCCACCCGCCGUGCAUCAAGGAGCAGAUGCUGGGCAAGGGCUACGAGACGGUCUCGGUGCCCCGCCUCCUGGACCACCAGCAUGCCCACAUCCGGCUGCCUGUCUACAGAUAAGGGCAAAGGUGCCCCCGGGCCGUGCUGCCUGUGAUGGGGCACAGCGUUGGUCUGUGUGCUUCAGGAAGGGGUUUUAUGGCUGAGAAUGUGAACAGGGAGAUGGGAUCCCAUUUUGCUGCUAAUCUGGGGGUGCCCUGGGGGACAAGAAUGAGUGUGUGCCUGCCAGUGGGCACUGCUAGCCGGACUGCCUGGGAAGGGGGCCCCCUGGCCCUCUUUCUGCCCUGGGUGACAAGUGGGGGGCAUUUGAAAUGCAUUGUGACUGGCGGAGGGCAAGGAAGGAUGCAGACUCCCCCAACCCCUCCCAUUAAUCCAGGGGGUUUAGCGAUUCUGCCUCCUUUCUAGAUGAAGUCUGUAACUUGCACUGUUUCGAUUUAAAGCUAAUAAUUGGGGUGGGGGCGAAGGUCUGGAAGCUGUCUAAAGAAGGGAAAAAAAACACUUGAAAACUUGAAGUGACUUUUUUUAGUUUGAACCUGCUGUACAGUUUUUGGCUGCUAUAAGAUGGAUUUUCCCACCCCUCCAUCACAUCAGCAUUACCCCAGGAGAUUUCUGAAUUAAAACAUUAUUAUUAUUCUUA